CAGGAACGUGUCACGUUUAUAUGCGUUCGUGUUGAAACGCAGUGUAAUGCUUAGGUGUUUGUGUCAAAACAACAAAGUUUAACUGAAUGGAAUACGAUGGUAUUUACGAACACACCGAUUUAUCCAUGUAUUUAUUCUGUAUCUGUGUGAAUGAUCGAUGUAAGCACUAGCACUAGACACGUAUUAAUGGCGUCCCGGGAGCAGAAGAAGCUCCGGCGUUACGUUGACGAGGGAAAUCUCCUGAAGCUCAAGUCUUAUCUGCGCAAACACAGAGACGCGGAUGUGAACUUUACUCAGGGGAAAAGAAGGAGAGGUUUGUUACAUCGGGUUUGUUCGCAGGGAAACGACGCGCUGCUCAGACUGCUGUUAAAGCACGGAGCUGAUCCGCUACUGAGGGACCGCAAAGGGGACACGGCGCUGCACCUGGCCGCCAGGAAGGCACUGAAACACGGCAAGACAGACUAUGAUGACCUGGUAAUUCCUUUGAGUAAACACUGUCCUGAGGCACUGAGUGUAUUGAACAACUGUGGAGUGACUCCUCAAGACCUGCUGCAAGGACUGAGCUUUAAACAGAAGUGGACUCCAGGAGCAGAUGCUCCUCGGCGGUCUGAUCCUGAGGACUUGUGGAGGGAGAAGCUGAUGGGAGAAUGUCAAGACGAGUUUUUCGAAACAUUCGGACAGUAUGAUGAUGAUUUUCUGAGAGAUGAUGAAGACUUUGGAGACUUUGCUGACUGGGCUGAGCGAAUAAGGAGGGAGUAUUAUGCAAAUAAACAGGCCAAAGCACAGACAGACAGGAAGCGAAGACGAAAAAAUGAAGAGGAGGAAGAGAGGCAGCGUAGAGAGCUGAACACCAGACUGGAGAAGGAGCACAGGGAAUACUUGGAGCGUGCCUCUCGCAAAAAAGACGAGACCCAGCAGGGGAAGAAGAGGCGCUAUGAGGAGCGCUGUGAUGCCCUCUUUCUCAACGCUUCCUCCAGCGGUGCCUUGGGAUACGAUGACAUUCCUUGGCCUGCACCGCGUGGCUCAGUCGAACAGAUGAUGGCAGUCAUCCUGCACGGUGUUGACCGAUCCGACACGGCUGCUUUCCGGAAGUUUCUACGCCGUCAGCAGGCUCUCUGGCACCCAGACAAGUUCUCCCAGCGCUGCGGUGGCCGGCUAAAGGACCGAGACAAACAGAAGAUUACGGAUACGGUCACGGCUCUGUCUCAGGAGCUGAACAGACUGGCUCAGAGUCUCCGCUGAUGCUGGAUCAUUUUACACAUUCAGUGUGGGAUUUGACUCUGAUUUGCUGCAGGCAGUCAAAGGAAUAUUUAAUAAACAUUAAAUAUUUAAAAUAUUUUAACAAUUAAAAAAAUGUUUUUUUUUCUUUUAUUCUUUUUCUUUUAUACUUUAUAAGUGUAAAAAUUCUGAAAUAUUCUAGAAAUGAUUCAUUUUGUGUUGUUAGCUACAGAAUUAUUGGCAGCCUUCUUAAAAAAACUGUACACACACAGCAUUAAAGGUUGCACUUUAUUUUAACCAUCUCAUACCAGCUGCACUAAAAGCACAAUAAAAUGGCUCAAGCCAA